CCCAGAUUUUUAGUUCUGGACAUCCUAUAGGUUCGGUUUUGAGUAAACGUCAAAGGAUUAACACUUCAAUAUUGAAAAUUAUUGUUAAAUUUAUAGCUAUUUCCAUGGAUAGCAGAAAUGAACAAGCUGUCGACAAGCCAUCGACUAGAUUUCGAAUUUCAAUCAAAGAUCACAACGGUGGCUCUUCAUAUGGCGACCACAACCUCUUCACUGCACCAGACAGCACCGAAUCCUUCAAUUUAGGCAGCAGCAUUGAAGAGAAAACGAAGUCUGGCGGACCGUCAAAAUCCUGUAUGUUUGCACAUUGUUUGUUGGCACUGUUACUUUUUCUAGCUCUACCAAAUUCCUCCGAAGCAAGUGAAGUUCUACCAAGAUUAGAAAUACCAAGAUAUUUACUAGAGGGGGUACAAUCUGAGACAUUUUCUUGCAACAGUAAAGCAGGUAGUCAAGUCAGUUGGUCUAUAGAGUAUAAUAAUGGUACAACUAUUUCACCAUACAAUGUUAACCAUCAAACAGUGGAAACAUCAGAGGGAUUUCAAUGUAUUCAUCAACGGUCAUCAUUUACUAAAACAUUUGAUAUUGAUUUAAAUGACACAACUUUAUGUUGUAAUGUGAAAUAUGAAAACCAAACUCAGUUACAAGCCUGUGAACAGCUAUACAUUUUAGAAAGUGACUAUUGUAAAGAUAAGCGGUUUGGUUUUAAAGAUUAUCCGUAUGAUGAUUGUUUUCUUCGUGUUUUUUGUCUCUUUGGAACUCAAUUAAUUGAUAAUACAUGUGAAGAAUCGAAUAGAUGUUUUAAUAAAGAAACACAGUUAUGUGAUAUCGUUCCACCCCAAGGUGUUGGAGAUCCGUACUCAUGUUCACUAAAACCAGAUGGAUUCUAUAUACCAAUUAAAGAUAAAUGUCGACAAUACGCUGUAUGUCAAUCGAAACUAAAGUUUAAUCUUUAUUGUCCUUUCGGGCACUAUUUUACAAAUAACCAAACAUCCCGUUGUUCUACAGACUUAUCAAAAGCUUCAGAACCUUGUUUGUAAUCAUCAAUUUUAUUAUUAUUAUUAUUAUCAUUAUUUAAUGAGAGAGAGAGAGAGAGAGAGAGAGAGAGAGCUUUCUUUUGUAAUCAGUUUUUUAUUAUUAUUAUUCAGAAUUUAUAUCCGUUGAUUUUAAAUGCUUCAAAUCAUUCUUAAAGCGAUAAGUUGUUGUGUCCAGUUCAGUAUACAUUAUUACAUUAUAUAUUUUUUUAUUAAUUUCCGUCUUAGUCCGGACUUUUUUCCGUAUGCAAACGAGCUUCGCCGUAGAUCCCAUAUAAGGUAUACGUUCUAAUAUGCUAUUUAGUGAUUACAUUAAAAAACACAACAUCGUGCUAUAUAAACCAGUGAUUGUUUUCCAUAUAAAUUGUGUUGUGUUUUUUUAAAACAAACCCAUCUUUGUACAUUAUGUAGUUUGUUGUUGUUUAAAGAAUUAUUUAUUGUUAAUCAAGACGUAUGACGUGUAUAUUCGAGCUUUAUAAAUUUUAAAUCCAAAUUUUGGUAAUUUGUAAUCGCUUUCAAUUAAAAUGUAUGUAAUAGUAACUUAUAGCAAAAAUUUUAGUAAUGUAAAUAUUGUAUUAUCAUAGUAUAUACAUGUAGAUAAAUAAAAAAUACUUGUAUA